AUGUUGAUAUGUAUGUUCACUGUUAUGAAGUUUCAUGUUUUGAAGGGUUUCAAAGAUGAGAGUGAUUUGGUACAUUAUGCUCUCAACGAGGCGCCAUAUAAUAAUAUAACCGUUUUCACAAGUGUAAUUUUUGACACACCGAAUGCAACGCUGCCACCUCAUGUCACCUACAAGAUACGACAGAACGUCUCGAUGACUCCAACGACACGUUCUGCGCAAGCUUUGUUCAAGUAUCCUGGACCACGGGAUUAUGACGACUCAUAUUAUAAAUUCGGUUUCUUAUUCAUUCAGGUUAGCAUUCGUUAUAUUGUCGUCUGUGUGUCCUGA